AACUCAACAUGUCCAAGUAUACAUCGAAGGCUUUGUUAGCUCUUCUUUUAAUCUGCUUUGUGGCUACAUUUGUUUUCUCUGAAGAGAAUGCCACAAAGACUGAUAAGAAGUCUGGAGGUCCAAUCAUUGGUAUCGAUUUGGGUACCACAUAUUCCUGUGUUGCUAUUUAUAAAAACGGAAAGGCUGAAAUUAUAGUAAAUGACCAAGGUAAUCGUAUUACUCCUUCUGUUGUUGCCUUCUCUGAAGAUGGUGAAAGACUCAUCGGUGAAGCUGCCAAGAAUCAAGCUACUAUUAAUCCAACAAACACUGUCUAUGAUGCUAAGAGACUUAUUGGUCGUAAGUUCUCCGAUGUCGAAGUUCAAAAGGAUGCUGCUUUGUUGCCAUACAAGAUUGUCGAUAAGAAUGGUAAACCAUAUAUUCAAGUUGAAAUUGCUGGUGAAAAGAAGAUUUUUGCACCAGAAGAAAUUUCUGCUAUGGUUCUCCAAAAGAUGAAGGCUAUUGCUGAAACAUAUUUGGGACAAAAGGUUUCCAGAGCUGUUAUUACUGUUCCAGCUUACUUCAACGAUGCUCAAAGACAAGCAACCAGAGAUGCUGGUACUAUUGCUGGUCUUAGUGUUGAACGUAUUAUCAACGAACCAACAGCCGCUGCUAUUGCUUACGGAUUGGAUAAGAAUAAGAAAGAUGUCAAUGUUCUCGUUUUUGACUUGGGUGGUGGUACUUUUGAUGUCAGUUUGUUGAAUUUGGAUGAAGGUCUCUUUGAAGUCUUGGCUACCAAUGGUGAUACCCACUUGGGUGGUGAAGAUUUUGAUCACAGAGUUGUUAGAUUCUUCUUGGAUGAAUUUAAGAGAAAGAAUCCAAAGGUUGCUGCUUCUGUCGAAAAGGACAAGAAGGCUAUCCAAAAGUUCAAGAGAGAAGCUGAAAAGGCCAAGAGAGUUUUGUCAUCACAACAUGAAGCUAGAGUUGAAAUUGAAUCCCUCCAUGAUGGUAUUGAUUUCUCCACUAAAUUGACUCGUGCCAAGUUUGAACAAUUGAACAACGAUUUGUUUGUCAAGACUUUGAAGCCAGUCGAACAAGUUUUGAGAGAUUCCAAACUUUCUAAGGAAGAUGUUCAAGAAAUUGUCCUUGUUGGUGGUUCUACUCGUAUUCCAAAGGUUCAACAAUUGUUGGUUGACUUCUUCAAUGGUAAGAAGCCAAAGCAAGGAAUUAAUCCUGAUGAAGCUGUUGCAGCUGGUGCUGCUAUUCAAGCUGGUAUUUUGGGUGGUGAAUUGGACGAAGACAUUGUCUUGGUUGAUAUUGCUUCCCUCUCAUUGGGUAUUGAAACUGUCGGAGGUGUCAUGACCAAAUUGAUUCCAAGAGGUACUAAGAUUCCAACUCAAAAGUCACAAAUUUUCUCCACUUAUCAAGAUAACCAACCUGGAGUUUUGAUUCAAGUUUAUCAAGGUGAACGUGCCAUGACUAAGGAUAACAAUUUGUUGGGUAAAUUCGAAUUGACUGGUAUCCCACCAGCACCAAGAGGUGUUCCACAAAUUGAAGUUACCUUCUCAGUUGAUGCUGAUGGUAUUCUUCAUGUUUCCGCUAAGGAUUCUAAGGCCAAUGUUGAAAAUAGUAUUACUAUUACCAACGACAAGCUCAAUAUGGAUAAGGAUGAUAUCGAAAGAAUGGUCAAUGAAGCUGCCAAGUUUGAAGAAGAAGACAAAAAGCAAAAGGAAAGAAUUGACGCUAGAAACGCUCUUGAAGGUUAUGCUUAUCAAUUGAAGAAUCAAUUGGAUGAUGAAAAGUUCAAGGAUAAACUCCCAGCUGAAGAUAAGAAGGUUAUCGAAGAAGAAACCAAGAAGUCUAUUUCUUGGUUAGAACAACACCAAGACGCUACCAAGGAAGAAUUUGAAGAAGAAAGAAAGAGAUUGGAAGAACAAAUUAAGCCAAUCAUGACCAAGUUCUACCAAUCCCAAGGUGGUGCUCAACCAGGUGCUGAAGGAGCAAACACUGCUGAUGCUCAACAUGACGAAUUGUAAAUUACAAAUUUUCGAGUAAAGAUAAUUUUUCAGAUC